AUGGGCAGCGACUACCUGAUGCCGUACAUCACCAAGUCGCUCGUCUCAAAGCAGGGCACCAGCUUCGCCACGGCAGGCGCCGGCACCAAGCCCUGGAUCAACAGCAACCAGACGUGGAGCUUGCAGCAUCAGCUGGAGUUCUUCAGCCAGUACGCUGCCGACCGCAGGGGAAUGAAAUUCAACACAGCAGUCUUCGUUAUCAGCAUCGGCACCAACGACUAUCUCGACGCGAUUCUAGGGGACGGAGGCGACAAGGCGGCAGCAGACCUCGUCUCGUCCACCACCAACGCCAUCGUCGACGCGAUUCUCGUUCUCUUCAAGACCACGCGCGCCACUAAGUUUGUUGUUUACCACCUGGCCCCUCUCGGGUGCAUUCCCGCCGUGCGCUUAGCUAAGGGUCUCGUGAGCGAGUCCGCCGGAUGCUACGAGCCGGCCAAUCAGAUCGCGGCGGAGCACAACCAGGCGCUGUCGAUGAAGCUGGACAAGCUGCGGGCGGCGGGAGUGAAGGAUUUGAUUCUUUUCCGCAUGUCGAGCGGAUUUGAGAACCUUCUGCUCAAGGAUGGAACUGCUUUCACCAGCAAGCUCACUCCCUGCUGCCAGGGCGAAACCCCCAAGGGCGAGAGAAUUUCUUGCGGGCAGACCGUGGAGGAGGGAGGCAAGAACUACGCCGCAUCAGUUGACGGGUUCUAUGAGAUGAACUUGAUAGCGAUGAACGACAAGGAUGAGAUCUAUGAGGAUCCUGAGUCUACUGAGGUUGAUGAGAGCGAGGACACGGAUGAUACGGGAGCGAGUGUGGAGGCAGCAGUGAAGCAGGAAGAAGAGAUAGUCACCAUGGAGGCAGCAGCGGUGAAUGAUGGAGAUGGAGAUGGUGUCAACACUUUUGCAGCAGCGGUCGUGGUUAAAGAUGAAGCAGUAAAUGCGAAGUGUGUGGGAGUUGAAGCUGUGAAAGGGGGCAUCAUGGUGAAGGGAUCAACGGCGAAUGCAACUGCAAAGGGGCGAGUGCUUAUGAAAGAGGAACACGUUGAGGGGUACAAGACCCGAGAGGUGUUGGGUGCUAAGAUUCCGAGGAGAAGCGAGAGGCUUAAGAAGAUGCCUCAUGGUUUGGAUAUCAAGGCGCUCAACUUCAAGACACGUAAGCAGAGGUUCAAGGUGCAGGAGCUGCAGGGGAGCGUAAAGCCGACUUAG